AUGUGGUGUCGCCUGAGACCUAUCGGAAGAGGCAACGAUGGCGGGGAGGGCGACGAAAGCAAUGAAGGCGAGGAAGGCGAGGAAGGCGACGAAGGCGACGAGGGCGAGGAGGAGGACGAGGGGGACGAGGGGAACGAGGGGGGCGACGAGAACGAGGGGGAAGAGGAGGACGCAAGGGAUGAGGGGGAGGUGGGGGAUGAUGGGGACGAGGGGAACGAGGGGGACGAUGAGAACGAGGGGGAAGAGGAGGAUGCAGGGGAUGAGGGGGAGGAGGGGGACGAGGGGGACGAGGGGGACGAGGGGAACGAGGGGGACGAGGGGGACGAGGGGGACGAGGGGGAAGAAGAAGAAGAAAUGGUGAACCAGGCUAUGAAGGAAGCAGCUGGGGAAGAAGAUGAACUUGAUGAAUGUACGGAAUCGGAUGCUAGUGCAUACGCUGUGAGAGGGCUGCGAAGGCAUCGUGUUCAAGAAGCAAGUCGUGGGACGACCGUGGACUAG